AUGUCAGAGCAGAACUCUCCAGCUCAGGCUGGUAGCCUUCCUGGGCAGGGGACAGGAGCGAACCCCGGCUCUGCUGCCAACCCUGUGCCGCUCGUGACCCAGACAGACUCCAGGGACAAAUGGAGCAAAAAAAUGGAUUUCCUCCUCUCAGUAAUUGGAUUUGCUGUCGAUCUGGGCAAUGUCUGGAGGUUCCCUUAUAUCUGUUACCAGAACGGAGGGGGGGCCUUCCUCAUCCCGUAUACCCUGAUGGCCGUCUUUGGAGGGGUGCCUCUUUUCUACAUGGAGCUGGCCCUGGGACAGUUCCACAGGACAGGAGCCAUCCCCAUCUGGAAACGGAUCUGUCCCAUCUUUAAAGGGAUUGGCUUUGCCAUUUGCAUCAUUGGCCUGUACGUCUCCUUCUACUACAACACCAUCAUCGCCUGGGCCCUGUACUAUUUCUACUCCUCCUUCACCAGCUCCCUGCCGUGGACGAGCUGCGACAACCCCUGGAACACACCCAACUGCACCAACUACUUUGGAAAGAGCAACGUGACCUGGAGCAACUUCUCCAAGUCGCCGGCUGAAGAGUUUUAUACGAGGAAGGUCCUUGAGAUUCAGAAGUCCAGCGGCCUGUAUGAUGUGGGUGGGGUCCGCUGGCAGCUCCUCCUCUGCCUGCUCCUCAUCUUCACUAUUGUUUACUUCAGCCUGUGGAAAGGCGUGAAAACCUCAGGGAAGGUGGUGUGGGUGACAGCAACUCUGCCUUACGUUGUCCUCCUCAUACUACUGGUUCGGGGAGCGACUCUGCCCGGGGCAUGGAGAGGGGUCGUCUUCUAUCUCCGACCCAACUGGGAGAAGCUCCUGAGCACUGCAGUUUGGGUUGAUGCUGCUGCCCAGAUUUUCUUCUCCUUGGGCCCUGGAUUUGGCGUUCUUCUUGCCUUGGCCAGUUAUAACCACUUCAACAACAACUGCUACCGGGACGCGAUCGUCACCAGCGUGGUGAACUGCCUGACCAGCUUCCUCUCGGGCUUUGUCAUUUUCACAGUGCUGGGCUACAUGGCUGAAAUGAGGGACGUGGAAGUAGAAGAUGUAGCAAAAGACAAAGGUCCCAGUCUGCUGUUCAUCACCUAUCCCGAGGCCAUCGCCAACAUGAUGGGCUCCACCUUCUUUGCCAUCAUAUUCUUCCUCAUGGUGAUAACUCUGGGGCUGGACAGCACGUUUGGAGGCUUGGAGGCUGUGAUCACAGCAAUAAUGGAUGAAUACCCUCACAUCCUGGCAAAGCGGAGGGAGCUGUUUGUUCUUGGCCUCAUCACCAUGUGCUUUCUGGGAUCUCUCACUACACUGACGCACGGUGGGGCAUACGUUGUAAAACUACUGGAAGAGUUUGGCGCCGGAUGCUCGAUUCUAGCUGUAGUGUUGUUAGAAGCAAUAGCAGUGUCAUGGUUUUACGGAAUUCAGCGGUUCUGUAACGACGUGAAGUCCAUGCUGGGCUUCGCCCCAGGGAUGUUCUGGCAGGUUUGCUGGGUGGCCAUCAGCCCAGCCUUUUUAGCAUUUAUAAUAGUCAGCUCUCUCCUGGACCAGCCACCACUCAUGCUCUUUGACUACCAGUACCCAGAGUGGAGCAUCUCAGUAGGGUACCUCAUUGGAGCAUCAUCCUUCAUCUGCAUCCCUGUCUACAUGGUCUACAAGCUGGUCUGGACACCUGGAUCUCUCAAGCAGCGUCUGGCAGAGUGCAUUCGGCCGGAGAAAACCAUCCGAGACCAGCCGGCAGAGUCAGUCCGUAUGUCACCUGUCCCCUAA